AUGUGGAAGAUUGCGUUUAUUCUCAUGGUGGCGGCUUUACCGGUCAUGUCGCAAGAGUCUUUCAGCUAUUCCUUCAGCACUGACGCUGAGGGGAAUGUUGUGAGUUCAAGUUCUAGCAGCGAUGGUCCCAGGGGUGCGGCCGCAGGGGGUGGUAGCGUCGGCACCCAGAGCGCCGGACGGGGUCCUGGCGACCCUAUCAUCAUAGAUAACGGGCAACCUCCAGGAGGUCCAGGACAAAGUGGGCGACCCGGGCAGGGAGGCAACGGUGGUGGUGACGGUGGCGGUGGUGGGCGUGGCGGCAGCGGUGGUAGCGGCGGUAGCGGUUUUGGAGCUGGAUUUGGUCAAGGAGGCGGAAGCGGCGGCGGCAGCGGCGGUGGUGGUGGCAGCUAUGUUGGCAACGGUGGAGUACCCCCGGGCUUUACCUCCCUCGAGGUUGAAUAA